ACCUGUCGCUGCAUCUCAGCGAGAUUCAUACCUACAUCACACUCUCACACUCUCAUAACUUUUCACGAUCAAAUCAUGUCUGCCACCACGAAUACGAACAUGACCAACAACAACUCCGAUGCACCCAACACCAAAGUCAGCAUCGGCACCAAGUUCAAAGGCGGCGCCAAAGUCGCGCAGGGACUGGGUGACACCAUCCGCGGCACGACGAUGGGCGCGAUCGACGCCGUCGAGCGCCGGGACUCUGCGGCGAACGACGAGAUGGGUCUUGCUGGAGCGCGGGUGAACAACGGGCCGGGGGAGUCGCUCCAAGGGUGGGGAAGCGGCAUCAAUGGCGCUAACCCGGAGGCCACGACGAACGCGACGGGAUUCGCCCCGCCCAAGGGCGCUGAGUAUGCUCAGAACUCUACAACCAACGCACCGUCAGACCUUGGUCGGGGGCCCAACGCUUACAGCGGGAACAACACGAACCAGCCGCCGACCUACCCCGCUGGCGGGCCGCCCGUGCACGACUACAAGUCCGCCGACGGUGGUGCGAUGGGAUACACCAGCCCCACGCAGAUGGGAAACCGCCCGCAGAACGAUGUGGGCGAGAGCGAGUACGAGGCGCGGAGGGAGGCCGGCGCUGGCAAUGGAGCAUCCUAUCAGUAGACCGGAAUGCGGACCGUAUAUUGAUUAAUCUGUAGUACUACUAGUAAGUAUACCCGAAGUUGAUAUCCUAGGAUGGAUCUGGACUUGUAGUAUGACUGUCCCGGGAUUAUCGAAGGUGAAUUGCCGCUACCGUUCACGGAUUACAACGAAGAGAAGUAACCGAGAAAUGCUGAGAACAUUCGAAUUAGCGUUGAUGCAAAGGCUCCUAGCCAGUUCUUGAGUAGUCCCAUACCGUGCGUGCACCAAUGGCAUCGUAACGAAUAUAGCACCCAGAUAGGGCUAGCAAGGCAAUGUCGUCAUCGUUGCUCACGUGGCGCUGCAUCCAAACUUCAUAGUGUGUUCAGCCGAGACCGCACGGAUACCAAACCCGUAACAUAUCGCUUCUGCCUUUUACACCUGAUUGUUUGAACGAGAU